CUCUCUAAUCUAUUAGUCACAGCGUUUGCUAAUUAAAGACAGGAGAAAAUAUCCCCCGGCUUAAAUAUUUGACAAAUUAUCCAAGCAAUUUUCUGGUGUUGGGUUUAUGGUCUAACUCUAUCCAUCUAAUCCUCUUCUUUCUUCUUGCUGCCUUCGCCUUUCUUUCAUUGUUUUUUUUUUUUUUGGGGGGGGGGGGUAUUGGUGGUUGUCUCCCAUGGUAAAUCAUCUGAACCAAGAACCUGUCCCCAUUUUUAAUCAAAAGAAGAAAGGUUUCAGUUUACGGGAGAUUACCAGAGUCUUAAGAUCAUGGCGACUUCGUCUUAAGAAAUCCUCCUCUUCCGACCAACCCAUAUACAAACCUUCCCAGGGCUCUCCAGAUGAGAAUGGAGAUGGACAAAAAAUUGUCCGAGUUAGCAGCUGGACAAGCGAUAGCGAUGGGUCGAGAUCCGAAGGUCGGAGUUCUAAAGGUUUUUUCAAGUAUCGAAGCAUGGACGCAUGCUUUUCUCGCCAAGAUUCUACAAACUCAAAGGGUACAAGCAAGAGGAGCCGCAGCCCCAGCCCCAGCCCCAAGCCUUCCUCACAGAAUAAGGAGGGAAGCCUGAGAAGAAGCACAACAACAGAUAGAAAUGGCUUAUUUGAGCCCCUGUCAGGAAGCACGAGCCGCCCGAAUGGUAACCCCAUCAUGUUCUCAAACUCAACCGGGGUGGUGAAACCACCACCAAUUGAGAAGCAACUCGAAUGCACGCUUGAAGAUUUGUGCUAUGGAUGUACCGAGAAGAUAAAGAUCAAAAGGGACGUUAUUACAGAAUCCGGGCAAAGAGUUGAACAUAAGGAGAUGUUAUCAAUAAACGUGGAGCCGGGAUGGAAGAAAGGAACAAAGAUUACAUUUGAAGGAAUGGGAAAUGAAGUACCUCGAUUAUAUGCAGCUGACGUCACAUUCGUUAUUGCCGAGAAACAACAUCCUAUCUUCGGAAGAGACGGUGAUGAUUUGGAGUUAACGAUUGAAAUUCCUCUGGUGAAAGCCCUAACAGGUUGCAGCCUUCCCAUACCAUUACUGGGUGGGGAGAAAAUGGAACUGAAAAUAGAUGAAAUCAUUCACCCUGGAUAUGAAAAGAUAAUCACAGGCCAGGGCAUGCCAACCACAAAAGAAGCAGCAAGCAGAGGGAACUUAAAAGUUAGAUUCCUGAUUAACUUCCCAACGGAGCUCACAGAUGAUCAACGAGCAGCCGCAGUUAGAAUUUUAGGGGAUUCUUCUUCAUGAAUGUGGUUUUAGUUUCUUUAGGAGUCUCAGAAUUUGUUUUACUUGUGGAUAUGUUACUUCCAACAGUAUUUCAGGCUUCCCUUCAUUGUAACAUGUAAUGUCAGGUGCUUCGCAGAUACUUCAACAAGGAAUAUAUCACCUGCUCAUUACCAGUCAGCUAAAAUCAAACCAUUUUAACAUUUUCAUAAAUGUAAUGGGACCUGGCAGAAUAACAUUCCAAUAUGAUGCCACUUACAAUACCAGUUAGACAUGUAAAUGUAAUGGUACCUUUCAAACUGGAACAAAGCAUGUUAGUUCUGCAGUAAACAAAACCACCUCAGGCAAGGUUAUCAUCAAAUCAACACAUUUUUACAAUGUUGAACUGCAUCAGUGCCAAUUCAUUCCUAUAAAAUGAUUCUCAAAUCAUGAUACCUACAUUAUGAACAUCACAUUGAUUUUAAGCGAAAAAAGAAAACUAUACAACCGUGGUCUUUAAACUGACUUACAUGCUUGAAAAUAUAUUGAAAUCAGUAAAUUGCAUAACAUGAAAAAAAUAAUAAAAAGUUACAACAGAGAUAACCACAUAGGUUUUCUCUUUUAAGCCUUAGACCAUCCCAUCAAAGCACGGAUUAUGCCUAAUAUGCUACCACCAAGAAGAGCCUUUAGUAACCUGAGCUUUCCA